CGCGCGCCGCCGCCUGCCGCGGCCACCGGUGAUUGGGGCGCUCGUGUCACGUGACCUUUUGCCGCCAUAUUCCUUCCAAGCCCUUUCAGUUGGCACGGCGAACCCGUAGCGUACGCACCGCGCACGGAGAGCACUGCGCCGUUUCGUUCAACGCUUGCGUUGCGCUUGCGAACACAGGCGUCAGAAAUAACCCAUCAUCAUGCCUGGUUGCUGCGCCUUCGGGUGUAGCAACCGAACGGAGUCCGGGAAGGCAUUUUUCUCUAUUCCGUGCGGGAAGGACGACGGUGAACGACGUUCUGCGUGGCUCCACAGAAUUGGCCGCAAGAACUUCGCGCCCUCGAAGAACACCCGCUUGUGCGAGGACCAUUUCAUUCCUGAUGAUUUUGAGAAGCCAAGAGUCGAUGGUAAAAAGAAGUUGAAGUGGAAGGCAAUACCAAGCAUUUUUGCACAUCGGCCGCAGAAAAAUCCCAGAAAGCCACCAUUUCCUAGACUCCAAUACUCGCUGCAAGCAAGCACUGUCUCGCAACCAGACUGCCGCCAGCCGACAACUGAUAUCCUGGGAGAUGCAGUUGAGGCACCACAGCCAACAGGGAGCCAAGGAGCAUCUGAGGUCCCAGAAGACACUCCAGGUACCCAGGGAGCACCUGACUUCCUAGGAGAGACUGACAGCUCUGCUGUGAUUGGAAAUCCAGCAAUGGAAUGCACCACAGCAGCAGAAGAUGACCCAAUGGAUGAGGUUCUAGUGUUAAAACGCCAACUCAACCUGGAACAAAAAAAAACGAGCGAAGGCUGA